AUGUCUCUGGUAGACCAAGUUGUUCUAACGCAACAACAAAGCACUAGCUUAGCAACAAGCACAGAAACAACGGUGAGCGCAGCUCUCACAACAACGACUACAACCACGACUUCAGCAAUGACAGCGGUUUCACAACGCAGUUCACCCAAACCUGCACAAACGGAAAUUUCGGCACCAGCCCAAUCCAAGCAACGCAGCUCAGCGCAAGUUGACCUACUUAAUCCAACAACCCGUACAUUGACUCAAACGGGUAUUGAUAGGUAUAUACAAGUCAAACGAAAAUUAAGUCCACAGCAGCAAAAAAUUGCAAACCCAUCAAAAAUUGCAAAAACGAAAACCACUGGCAUUAACCCUCUACUGGGAAAUAAGUUUGCGAUUCUGGACAAUGAAUGUGACAAAGAGCCGAAUGAAGUUUCUAAAGCCAAACCCAAACCCCCGCCUAUGUUUAAGGUAGAACUUAAGCCAGAAACAAAGCCAAUGAAUAAAAACGCAGUGCACCCAAUCUAUAAUCUAUGA